AUGAGCUCUAAGUAUCUUUCUUCUCCCGUGAAUAUCUCGCGGUUUAUUGAGAUGUCAGCGCGUAGCAUCUCACCGCAGCGGGAGAUUUCACAGAUGACUCCCCAGAAACAGUUUCCACAGAAUAAAAUAACCCGCGAAUCAAAGGGAAAUAGCACAGAAUCUGUGAAACCCGAAGAUGUUCUGCAUGAGGUGAGUCACCCGGACGAAAAUAUGGCAGAAAACACGGCAUAUUUGCUCCAGUGCGGUAGUCCACUGUACGAUCCAGUGAAGGAAAUUUGGCGCUGCUGGAACGGCCAUGAACUGCGUAUCAAGGAAAGAUCACAAUAUGGUGCUGUUGAUGGAGUUAGCUGUGACUUCUGCGGUUUUACUGACUGGUUAGAGGAGCUGGAGGGAACGGGUGCGACGAUGAAAGGAAAGAGAAGAGGCAAAAAAGCAAUAAAACGACGGGAGAAGGAGGCUGAACCGCGAUACUUUUACCACUGUGAUGUCUGCGAUAUGGAUCUCUGCACUCAUUGUGCCAAGGACUUGCGUGUUGACUCCCGGUAUCAUGUGCCUUGCAUGCAGUGUAGGCGUUGCCUCGUCUUUAUGCGAAAUGAGGAAGCUGCUCUGCAUCAUUGCUACUUGAAGCGGACGAGGGAGGUCCUUAAUUUCAUGACACCCUCAACCUCCACGAGUGGUGGGGCUUCCUCCUCAUCAUUUACCGAGUCUGUUACGACACUGACAUCCUUCAGACCGCGGGAGUCAUCACCGCCUGUGGUUCCCAUGCCGCCGGAUCCAACAAGAGCUCCAGCACAGUGCCCCAUCAUUGCAUGGGAGGUGUGCGUGACAUUUGAAAAUGCAACAGCAGAGGCGGAGGUUCGUAAAAUUGGGGAGUCACUUUCUUUGAGAGGGAUAGAGACGCCUGGGGUGCCGGACCAACUUAUAUUUCGGACCCCAACCAGGUUGGCGGCGGAAGAGUUGGCUCAGCAAUUCCAUGAGAAGGGACUGUUUGCCUCAAUUCGCCGUUUUCGCGCUUGA